AUGUAUAUGAGCAUGGUAUAAACACGGUCUCGCCAUUUGUUGAUAUAAAUGCAGUUCCCCAAGCUCCCAACUACCAACCUCCAGCUCCCAGCACUGAAGCAAGCAAGCGAACGAGAUGACCCGCCUCUUCCCCCUCCUGACGGCCUUCCUAGCCAGCGCCUCCACCGUGCUCGGUGCGGCGCUGACCAAAGUCUCCAGCUUCGGCACCAACCCGACCGGCGCAGAGAUGUACAUCUACGUGCCCGACCAGCUGGCCUCCAACCCUCCUAUCCUCGUCGCAAUCCACUACUGCACGGGAACUGCCAAUGCGUACUACACCGGCACCCAGUUCAAGUCCUACGCCGACCAGUACGGGUUCAUCGUUGUGUACCCGGAUGCGCCUGACAGUGGUGGCUGCUGGGACGUCCACAGCACUGGCACGCUCACGCACAACGGCGGCGGCGACUCCCUCGCCAUCGCGAACAUGGUCCGGUACACCAUCUCGACCUACGCAGCGGACACCAGUCGUGUCUUCGCUGUCGGUACCUCGAGCGGAGCGAUGAUGAUCAACGUGCUGGCGGGUGCGUACCCAGACAUUUUCGCAGGAGUUGCCGGAUUCGCCGGUGUACCAUUCGGCUGUUUCGCCGGCGACUCCAUGUGGAACAGUGCGUGUGCAAACGGGCAAGUGUCGAAGACAGGAGCGGAGUGGGGCGACAUCGCACGGGCCGGGUACCCGGGGUACACCGGGAAGCGGCCGAAAAUGCAGCUGUGGCAUGGCACCAACGACGCCACGCUCAGCUACAACAACUUCGGCGAGAUGGUCAAGCAGUGGACCAACGUGCUGGGCGUCAGUACCACGCCGACGGCUACGCUGACGAAUAGCCCGCUGUCCGGGUGGACGAGGAAUAGCUACGGCCCGAAUCUCCAGGCGAUCAGCGCUCAGGGCGUCACCCACGAUAUUCAGGUCCAGGCCGGAGACGUCAUCUCGUACUUUGGGUUGAAUACUGUGGGCACUGGCGUGCCGUCGACGUCGUCGACUCCGGUGGUUACGUCCCCGGCGUCCACGACGACUGCGGCUGCGGGUACUGUGGCGAAGUGGGGACAGUGCGCUGGGAAUGGAUGGACAGGAGGGACGGUAUGUGUUUCUGGCACCACUUGCAUCAAGUUGAACGACUGGUAUUCGCAGUGUCAGUAGGAUUGUGUGGAGCAGUGCUUGUAGGACGGGAUGGGGCGGUUUCUGUAGGAUUGUAUGGAGCGAUGUUUGUAGGAUGAUAUGGGGUGGUAACUGUAGGAUUGCGUAGGUUGCGGUGGUGGCUGCUUGCUUUGUAAGCUCUGUAUGGGUACUUUAGCGGAGAAAUUGGACGUUCAUUAUUAUACAACCAUCGCCGUGAUAUCACUCGGUCCCCUCCCCGUUAUCUCCGCACGAAUGAGCGGCGGUUAGAAAAGUCAGGCGUUCUCGCUGAUCCGAAUGAAGAUCCCUCUCGUCCCCGUCUAGCCAGAUCGAAAUCCACAGUUUGAAUCCGAGAAAAGAAACGAAGUUGAAUCAACCGAC